AUGAGACUUCACUGCUUGCCAAUCUGCGCAUUUGUUAUCGGUCUGUUCCUAGGCUCAUCUGUAGCUAGUAAUCUAACAAAUCAACGUCUAGGUGGUCAAAUAUCAGAUUUUCUAACGUACAUAAACUGCACACACAGGAUAUAUGAGCGAACGCAUCGAAUAAAAGUGUACAAAGAUGCACAGCCGCUUCAUGAAUGCAAUCCUCCUUUGCCACUUGAUAAUGCACCAGAAAUGUUAACAAUAGACAGCCUGCUAGCCAGAAGACACACGGAGAUGACAGAGUAUGAAACAAAUACAGAAUUGAAAACUGUCUUUGAACGAAUGUAUCAAUAUCUGAUGGUGAGAUUAUAA